AUAAACCCAAAUGAGGGGUAUUUUAUUACUUGUGUCCCAUGUGAUUACAAGUUUAAAACUUUUUGAACCCGAGAAAAAUCAGAAAAAAGAAAACUUGCUUUUUUUAUCCGUAAAUAAUAAAGCGGAAAAAAGCUGCUAAGUUUUCAGUCUCUCCACACACAUUGGAUUUUAUUUUCAUUUCUUCUUCUCUUUCACUAAUCAUUCAAAAUAUUCACAGAGAAGUUAAGAAGAAGAAGAUCUGUAGAUUCAGAGUUGGUUUCUACAGGAGCAAUCUCUGUAAUAAUAAUAUUUAUUUAUUUUUCAAACAGUUCACCCAGGUUUGAUCAUUUGAAUCUUUCAAGAAUUUUUUUUUUCUGUAUUUUUUUUAGAGGUUUUCUUAUGGAGCUUAUAAGGAAAUUUUAAAGAUUUUUCCAUUUUUGUUUUUGAGAUUGAGAUUGAAGUUGAAGAAACAGAGUGAUCGGAUAAUUUACUGUGUAAAAACUUUACUUUUGUUUGGUGGAAUAGUAUAUUUGAGUUGCAUGAGUGAAAUUUGCAAAAGUAUUCAAAGAUCGAGUUCUUUUUCAGGUUAAGGAUCUUCAUCAGAUGAAGAUAUUCAGUACAUUCAAAGGAAUAAUUUGAAUAAUUUAUUUAUUCAUUUUCAAAUUAUCUGAAAGAAAACAGAAAGAUUAUUGAAGUACUUGGUCUUAGUGUGUUUGAAUCUAUGGUAAGGAAAAUACUAGUAAUAGAAGAAAUUGAUUUGAAGAAUUUUUCAGCGGUUUUAGGUUUCGUUUCAUUAAGUAAAGAAGGUAAAUUGGUUUAGAAUCAAUUUGAAUUUUGGAUAAUUUGUUUGAUUGGGUAAAAUUGGUCAUUGUUUGAGCAAAGAAGAUUACUGUACUCUGUUUAUCAAGGUAUUAUGGUCCCCUCCAUUAAAAUGAAGAGAUAGUUCAAGAUUGUGGGGACAAAUUUGUUCUAAAGUUUGAUAGCCUCUUUUGGGAAAAAAAAGAAGAAGAAAAGGAGUUUCUUUGGUCCUUAAUCUAUUAUUCAGUGGAAUCUACUGAAACACAUCGUUUGGGACCCCAUUUUUAUUAUUUCAAAUAAAAUGCCUCAGAAGCCAAUUUCUUCUAAGAAAAUGCCCAAGAAGCCGCCUUCAAAACCCCGGGUUCCACCUUCGUUACAGUCAAUUAAAUCACUGCCUGGUGAUUUUAGGUACAUUGAUUCAGCUACAGGUAUGUCUGAUGACAUAAAUGGAGGAAAUAAUCUGAUGAUGGCUUCUGAGAGUAUUCCGGAAAAUGAUGAUUUGACUGACAGCAGUAUGGAAGUGAUUAAUGAAGAAUCACCAUAUAGUAAUGGCACCAUUUCUGUUGAAGAGAUGCCAUCUGAAGGGAAUAAUGGGUACAUGGGUUCCGUAAAAUCAGGCUUGCCGGCUUUAUCACCUUCCCAUAGUGAAAAUAGGUGGAGUGACACAAGCUCUUACUCGGGGAAGAAGAAGCUCCAGUAUUGGUGUCAACUACCAAAUGGCAACUGGGCGUUGGGGAAGAUAGUGUCAACUUCAGGGACGGAUUCUAUUAUAUCACUCAAUGAAGGAGAGGUUUUAAAAGUAAAUGCGGAAAGUCUUUUACCUGCAAAUCCUGACAUCCUUGAUGGUGUAGACAAUCUCAUGCAGCUUAGUUAUUUACAUGAACCUUCGGUUCUGUACAAUCUACAAUACAGAUACAACCAAGAUAUGAUCUAUACUAAAGCUGGACCUGUUUUGGUUGCCAUCAACCCUUUCAAAAAAGUCCCACUAUAUGGAAAUGAUUAUAUUGAAGCAUAUCGGCGCAAAUCAACUGAUAGCCCACAUGUCUAUGCUAUCACCGACACAGCAAUUAGAGAAAUGACAAGAGAUGAAGUAAACCAGUCCAUCAUUAUAAGCGGUGAAAGCGGUGCAGGAAAAACUGAAACAGCAAAGAUAGCCAUGCAAUACUUGGCUGCUCUUGGAGGGGGUAGUGGAAUAGAGAAUGAAAUACUGAAAACAAAUCCCAUUUUGGAAGCUUUUGGUAAUGCAAAAACAUCAAGGAAUGAUAACUCAAGUCGUUUUGGUAAAUUAAUUGAAAUUCACUUCAGUGAGACUGGGAAAAUAUCUGGUGCCAAGAUUCAAACAUUUCUACUUGAAAAGUCAAGGGUCGUCCAGUGUGCAGAUGGAGAAAGAUCGUACCAUAUAUUUUAUCAGCUAUGCGCCGGGGCUACCCCUGCUCUUAAAGAAAAACUGAAUCUGAAGCAUGCAAAUGAUUAUAACUAUUUGAGGCAGAGCAAUUGCUAUACUAUUGCUGGAGUAGAUGAUGCCGAACGGUUUCGCAUGGUUAUGGAAGCACUAGAUAUAGUACAUGUUACCAAGAAGGAUCAGGAGAGUGUGUUUGCCAUGCUUACAGCAGUAUUGUGGCUGGGGAACAUCUCCUUCGCGGUGGUGGAUAACGAAAAUCACGUUGAACCCGUGGCAGAUGAAGGUCUAGAUACGGUUGCCAAAUUGAUCGGUUGUGAAGUUCAGGAGUUAAACCUAGCUUUAUCAACUCGCAACAUGAAAGUUGGCAAUGACAACAUUGUCCAAAAACUUUCGUUAUCUCAGGCAGUUGAUACAAGAGACGCAUUGGCAAAAUCACUGUAUGCUUGUUUGUUUGAGUGGCUGGUAGAUCAAAUUAACAAGUCACUGGAAGUAGGCAAGCGACGUACAGGCAGAUCCAUCAGUAUUCUUGAUAUCUAUGGAUUUGAAUCUUUUGAUAAGAAUAGCUUCGAGCAGUUUUGCAUAAACUAUGCAAAUGAGAGAUUACAGCAGCACUUCAAUCGGCAUUUGUUUAAGUUAGAACAAGAGGAAUAUAUCAAUGACGGAAUUGACUGGGCAAAGGUUGACUUUGAAGACAACCAAGACUGUCUGAAUCUUUUUGAGAAGAAACCACUGGGUCUACUGUCUCUGUUGGACGAGGAGUCUACUUUUCCAAAUGGAACUGAUAUGACAUUGGCCAACAAGCUUAAGCAGCACUUGAGUUCAAAUUUCUGUUUCAGAGGAGAUCGGGGCAAAGCUUUCAGUGUUAGCCAUUAUGCUGGAGAGGUUACAUACGAAACAUCUGGUUUUUUGGAGAAGAACAGGGAUUUACUGCAUUUAGACUCUAUCCAACUUCUGUCAUCUUGCAAGUGCCAACUUCCUCAGAUAUUUGCAUCCAGUAUGCUUAAACAAUCUGAAAAGCAAGUAGUGGGUCCAUUGUACAGAUCAGGUGGAGCAGAUUCCCAAAAGCUUAGUGUUGCAACGAAGUUUAAGGGUCAACUGUUCCAACUUAUGCAACGACUGGAGAAUACAACUCCACACUUCAUACGCUGUAUUAAGCCCAACAGCUUGCAGCGUCCUGGGACAUAUGAACAAGGGCUUGUACUGCAGCAGCUAAGGUGUUGUGGAGUCUUAGAGGUGGUUCGGAUAUCUAGAUCCGGCUUUCCUACCAGGGUUACUCACCAAAAAUUUGCAAGAAGGUAUGGCUUUCUUCUUCUGGAGAGUGUCGCAUCUCAGGAUCCGCUUAGUGUUUCAGUUGCAAUUCUUCACCAAUUUAAUAUCCUUCCAGAGAUGUAUCAAGUUGGGUACACCAAAUUGUUUUUCCGUACUGGACAGAUUGGUGUUCUCGAGGAUACAAGAAACCAUACCCUACACGGCAUUUUACGGGUGCAGAGUUGUUUCAGAGGCCACCAGGCUCGAUCUUAUCUCAAAGAGCUAAAAAGAGGAAUUUUGACACUUCAGUCCUUUAUUCGGGGUGAGAAAAUCAGAAAAGAGUACAAGAUUUUGUUACAAAAACAGAAAGCUGCCAAGGUAAUACAACGACAUGUGAAAGGCAAGGUUGCCAGGAAAGACUUCGUUAAUGUUCAAGAUGCGUCAUUAGUGAUACAGUCAGUUAUUCGCGGUUGGCUAGUCAGAAGGUGUUCCGGAGACAUAAAUUUACUGACCUAUACAAAGAAAUCUGAUGGCACUAAGGCACCAGAUGAAGUUUUGGUCAAGGCAUCAACUCUCGCUGAACUACAACGGAGAGUACUUAAAGCCGAAGCAGCUUUGAGAGAGAAAGAAGACGAGAACGACAUCCUCCAACAACGGCUCCAUCAGUACGAAAAUCGGUGGGCAGAGUACGAAGUUAAAAUGAAAUCUAUGGAAGAAGUGUGGCAGAAGCAGAUGGAAUCACUACAGUCCAGUCUCUCCGUUGCAAAGAAAAGCUUUGCUGUUGAUGAUGCUGACAAAAACUCUGAUGCCUCAACAAAUAUGGUUGAUAAUGGAGAAUAUAGUUGGGACCUCGGAAGUAGAAAUACCACUAGCCGUGACAGUAAUGGAGCAAGAUCUGCUCCGCGAGGGAUGAAUAGAGAAAUGAAUACAGGAUUAAGUGUCAUAAGUCGCUUGGCUGAGGAAUUUGAGCAACGAAGUCAAGUAUUUGGUGAUGAUGCGAAGUUCUUAGUGGAGGUAAAAUCUGGUCAGGCAGAAGCUAGUCUGGAUCCUGACCGUGAAUUAAGAAGAUUGAAGCAGAUUUUUGAAACUUGGAAGAAGGAUUACGGGAAUAGACUACGAGAGACAAAGGUAAUUCUUCACAAACUUGGAAAUGAGGAAGGGAGUGCUGAUAAGCAAGUGAGGAAGAAGUGGUGGGCAAGGAGGAACAGCAUGAGGAUAAAUUAGUUUUAUCCAUAAUAGAUUCCACUUUUUGGUUUGUUUGGUAUUUUAUUUUGGUGUAGAUUUGUUGCAAAUGAAAGUAAAGGGGUGUUUUGGUGCAUUUUUCACACCUAGUAGUUCAACUGUAUAUAAAGUUUAUGAUACACUUACUCUCGAGGAAAUCUAAAAUUUUAUAUAUCCUUUAUAAAUCUAAGUUACAAAAUUUUCAAGCGUA